AACUCCCUGAAUCAUUAACUAAGAGACCGACGUCAGAAACUGUCCCUUACAGGGUAAGGUGGUGUGUGUUCAUUCUCAGCCCUGCGAGGAUUUAGCAUCUUUCGAACUCGAUUGGGUAGAAGCGUGAUGGAUGUGAUGUGUGGAUGGAUGGAUGGAUGGAUGGAUGGAUGGAUGGAUGGAUGGAUGGAUGGAUGUAACCUCAUAGUGAUAACAAUGAGGAAUACAAGACACACACACACACACACACAAUGCUAUUAUUCGAUGUGUAUGAGAGCUCUUUGUAUUUCUAAUCAUCUUGCUGAUGCUGACGUUUUAUGUCUCGCAUUGAGUCAUUGAUUAACUUAGCUGCUGAAAAUCUUUUUUUUCCCAUGUCAUUAUUAUUAUUAUUAUUAUCUAUGUCCAUAUGUGCUCUUCGCCGAAACUCAAUAUAUCUAUCCUACUUCCAAUUCCAUCAUAUUUCUACAUUUACGUACUACUAUACACCCACUGCCCCGUGCCUCUCUUUCACGACCACCCACCUACACAGCUGGAUCAGUCGCCAAUUAUACCUAUCUACUAUCAUCACCUACACCACCAACACUAACACCCCCAUCAUAUGUCCAUCUCAUCUAUCUCAUCUAUCCCAUCUAUCCCAUCCAUCCAGCCAGCCAGCCAGCCAGCCACACAAUGAGCGAGAGAGUGAGCGAGCGAGUCAGUAGGGAAUGAUCCGAUUGGGGGUUUAUAUAAGUUUACUACAAAUUAGAAAAAGAACCGC